CCAGCCUCCCACUCAACCCCUCCUCACCCGGACGGAGCGCCGCCGCCCCUUCUCCGCCUCCGGCCUGCUCGCCCGCGGCCCGUCAGGAACCCUAGCAUGGCCGUGCCAGAAAAUUACUCUACUGUGCUGUGCCCCCUUGAGUAUUGGGAGUUCGAUUUGGGAUCCAGACUUCUUCCCCCACUUGAUUGACUCUAUACUACAGGGCUUCUUCCGUUUCAACUGGAUUUUUUUCUGGUCUCUGUAAGUCGAAAUGGAGGCCGGCACAUGGUCUCCAUUAACCCGGAGUCAAAAUCAAGGGCUGUGAACAGGGAGGUACUCAGUGAGCUAAUCAAGUUGCACGGCAAGACAUCCCUUGGGGGCAAAUUGCCUGCCUACGAUGGAAGAAAGAGUCUUUACACUGCAGGCUCACUCCCUUUUGAGUCUGAGGAGUUUUCUGUUACACUGGUUGCUCCGGAAAAGAAAGACAAAGAAAAGGCUGAAAGGGAGUACAAGAUCACCAUUCGGAUUGCUGGGAGGACAGACCUGUACCACCUCCAACAGUUUCUCAAAGGAAGACAGAGGGAUAUGCCUCAAGAAACCAUCCAAGUUCUUGAUGUUGUCCUCAGGGAGUCACCAUCCUGGAACUAUGUCACAGUGUCCAGAUCCUUCUUCACCACCACCUUUGGUCACAGAGGAGACAUUGGUGAAGGAUUAGAGUGCUGGAGAGGUUACCACCAGAGCUUACGUCCAACCCAGAUGGGGCUGUCACUCAAUAUAGACAUAUCUGCAACAUCCUUCUUCAAGUCUGUGACAGUGGUCCAGUUUGUGCUAGAGUUCCUCAACUUACGUGAUGCCUCGCGGCCUCUGACAGACAGGGACCGUGUUAAGAUAAAGAAAGCACUCCGUGGGGUGCGUGUCGAAACAAACCACCAGGAAGACCAAAUCAGAAGAUACAAGAUAACAGGGAUUACUCCUGUUCCUAUGAGCCAGCUCAUAUUUCCUGUUGAUGAGAGAGGAACAAGAAUGUCAGUUGUUCAGUACUUCAUGCAAAGAUACAACUACAAUCUGCAGUAUACUUCUUGGCCCUGCUUGCAGUCUGGAAGUGAUGCGUGGCCUGUGUAUCUGCCUAUGGAGGCGUGCAAGAUUGUUGAAGGGCAAAGGUACUCUAAGAAACUGAAUGACAAGCAGGUCACCAACAUACUUAGAACUACCUGUCAACGUCCCCAGCAGAGGGAGCAAAGCAUUCGUGAGAUGGUUCUGCACAACAAGUAUGCUGAGGACAAGUUUGCUCAAGAGUUUGAAAUCAAUGUCUGCAGUGACCUGGUCUCUGUUCCAGCCCGUGUGCUGCCUCCCCCCAUGUUGAGAUAUCAUGAUUCUGGAAAGGAGAAAACUUGUGCGCCAAGUGUUGGACAGUGGAACAUGAUUAACAAGAAAAUGAUCAAUGGAGGAAUCAUAGACAACUGGGCCUGUGUGAGUUUUUCACGCAUACCUCCUGAGGAGGUACACAGGUUCUGUUGUGAUCUGAUUCAGAUGUGCAAUAUGACUGGAAUGUCUGUCAAUCCAAGGCCACUUGUAGACAACCGAUCAGCUAGCCCCAACCACAUCGAGAAUGCCUUGAGGGAUGUAUACAGGAGGACUACCGAAAUGCUUGGAAAACAGGGAAGCGAAAAACAGCUACAACUGUUAAUCGUAAUCCUACCUGAAGUCAGUGGUUCUUAUGGGAAAAUCAAGAAGGUUUGUGAGACUGACCUUGGGAUCGUGUCUCAGUGCUGCCUGCCAAGGCAUGCUGCCAGACCAAACAAGCAAUAUUUGGAGAAUGUUGCACUCAAAAUCAAUGUGAAGGUCGGAGGACGCAACACAGUUCUGGAGAGAGCUUUUGUGCGAAAUGGCAUACCGUUUGUGUCCGAAGUCCCAACAAUCAUCUUUGGUGCUGAUGUUACACACCCCCCACCUGGAGAGGACUCUGCAUCAUCAAUUGCUGCGGUGGUGGCAUCAAUGGACUGGCCAGAGAUCACCAAGUACAGCGGUCUUGUCUCUGCUCAACCACACAGGCAGGAGAUAAUUGAAGACCUCUUCAGUGUCACCAAAGAUCCACAGAGGGGUAAUGUCAAUGCUGGCAUGAUAAGGGAGUUACUGAUUGCCUCCCGCUGGAACACAGGCCGGAGGCCUGAGAGGAUACUCUUCUACAGGGAUGGCGUAAGUGAAGGCCAAUUCAGCCAUGUUCUGCUUCAUGAAAUGGACGCAAUCAGGAAGGCCUGUGCCUCUUUGGAGGAGGGGUAUAUGCCCCCAGUCACCUUUGUGAUUGUCAGGCAUCACGCCAGGCUGGAUAUCCCUGAGGUUCCUGGGAGGUGUGAUAUGACUGACAAGAGUGGGGACAUACUUCUUGGAACGUUGGCUGAUAAAUCAGAAUUUGAUUUCUACUUGUGCAACAAUGCUGGCACUCAGGGAACCAGCAGUUCAACACAUUACCAUGUUCUUUAUGAUGAGAAUCACUUCACAGCCGAUGCGCUUAAGUCGCUGACCAACGAUCUCUGCUACACCUCUACCUGCCGCACUCGCGCAGUCUCUGUUGUCACACCGGCGUACUAUGCCCACCUGAAGGGUAUAAUUCGUGCGCGCUACUACGUGGAAGGGGACAGCUUAAAUGCUGGAUUGAACCCCAGGAUUAGCGGUCAGUCGCUUCCAAAGAUUUUACUGUUGGGAGGAUGCAGAAGGAGGCAGGUACGCAGAGAGCCAUCUCCCAUACCCCCUGAGCUAAGGGUCCCAUUGACGACUCAGGAGAAUCUUUGGGGCCAUGUUCAGAAACAUUACACUUUUCCUGAUGUGUGGGUAUUUAAUCAUCAUAAGAUUGAGGGCCAAGAAGAAGACGUUAACUUAAUAGAUGAUGCUGGAUGUAUAAUGGCGCUUGCGUUGACUCGCACUUUCGUCGACGCUCAGGAUACACAACAAUCUUGGAAUGGCAAGAUCUCAACGACAGAUUUUAUGAUCAUCAACGGGAUUCCUGUCCUCCGGACGCCGCCACCAUUUAAGGGUAAUGAUGAGAUGUACAUAAAGGACAAAUGUGCACUAAAAAGAAUCCUGAGGCUGAUCUUCCUCCGGUACGGAGGAGAGUUCCAAUACAUGGAACGGUUCCUUAAUUUGUUAAAUGACCCUGUUCGUGUACUCCAGCGUUGGGCAAGAGAAUAUAUAAAGAACCCCAUGGUUUUUAAGACCACCGAUCAAAAAGGGAAAACUGUCAUAGGCAUUUUUAAAAUGUAUAAUGGAUUGUCAGGUGACAGGAAGGCUAGAUUCCGUACUCUUGUUAACCAGGUUUUUUGCCCGUUUUGGCCAGCCGCAAAGAAUAAUUAUCAAUCUUUUACCUAUCGUGCUGUUCCGUCCGAAUGUUUUUGGGAAAGAAUACAGGGACGACUCUUGGGGGUGCUUCCAGUGCCUUAGAAAUUACGAGGUCCAUGGAAAAACUCUUCCUCAUAAUUACUCUCACAUACAUAUUGGAAAGAUUCUUGGAGAUUUCGUUCCAGAUGUUAUAGAGAGAGUCCUAAGAUCUGGGGAGUUCCCUGAGAUGAUUGACGCUAUUCAGCGGUAAGCCAUUGCGUGAGAGGGCCAUGUGGAGGUGCGCCAGCUCCCAAAGAUCAAGGACAACGUCAAGGACGUCAUGUUCUACUGCUGAGCUCCUGUGGAGCUGUUCCUUGUGCGCCCUGCCCUACCCUACCCUGAGUUGUGUGUGAGAGAAGCCUCAGAUGGCGAUGACUCUGUUUUGCCGUGGAGCUUGUUGCUCGUAGUUAUGUGGUUCAAUUCGUGGUAGCCAGGAUAUCUAUGACCCUGUCUUUGUUACCUUCAACUCUACUUCGGACCUAUCCUAUGCUAUGCAAGUGGUUCAAGUUA